CACUCACAGCAGAGUGUGGGGUGAGCUGUCAGGGCUUUGUGAUGCAGGGCUGCCUUGUGCUCAGAGACCACUGUGACAUGGUGGCGAGCCCCCCUGGCCGUGGGGGGAUUGAAGGAGCCCUGGGCUGCCCAGUGCCAGGAGAGCAGCUCCCACAGGAGGCAGCAUCUCCCCUGGGUGCUUUGGCACAUCUGUGCCAGAGGAUUCCAAAGACAGACAUGGAGAAGGUCUGUGAGAAUGCAAAUUCCCAGCUGCGUGAGGAGAGCCUGGAGACAAGGCACCAAGUGAGCAACACCCAGCAACAUGCAGCACCUGAGGAGAGCCUGGGCCAGGCCUCGUCCCUCCAUGGGGACAGGCUGCCACCACUCCCUGGCCAACAGAGCUUGCAGGGCACCAGGAGCCACCCAACCACUGUGCCCAGCAAGAUGGAGCCUCCGCAGGGGUUAGAGAGGAGCCGCCAGUCCCGCCCCAAGCUCAGGGCUUCAUGUGGCAAAGCCAACCUGCCAUGGCAGCAGGACAGCCUGGAGGAGAAGGAGCUCCCACAGCAGGAGGGCCAGGACCAUCUUGCUUCCCUGAUAUGGCUUGAUGGCAGAGCCAGGCAGGGAAACCCAAAGUUGGACAUUCAGAAGCCAGAGUUGACAGGACUGGAGGGACUUGAAGCCAUCCUAGGCCAGCAGAAGGUGCUGGAAUGGCUUGAAGCCCAUUUCCCCACUGAGACCUGGGCCUUGACCACGAAGGGGGAAGACUGGGACUACACGAUUGACAAAGGGCUGUCCCGUGGGCUGCGGCAAGAGGACCUCGAACAUCCAGUGUCUCCAGCUCCACCUGGUCCCAACAACACCGAGGAUGAGCCAGCCACAUCCCAAAGUCCAGUGCUGCCCCAGUGGGGGCAGGCCUGGCCCAGCCAUCCCGGAGAGCAGCAGCCAGGCCAGGCCGGCACCGCCACAACCACCAUCACUGGCUAUGCACUGCCCAUUCUUCCCUGGGAAGAGCCCUUGGCGCCGGCGCUGCAGGCAGGAGCUUACCUGUUGCCCGCACAGCCCCUUGGCCAUGGAGCUCCUUCUCCCACGGCUACUCACCGCCCGGAGCAACAGCACCAACGCUCCCUGUUCAGGAGGGUGCUGAGGGCUGUGCGCAGGCUGUUCCUUGGAACCUGUGUGCCAGCAGAGCAGGAGCAGCAGCGCCGGGCUGCCAGAGCCUGGCAGGAAGGUGCCUGGAGGUGACCGUGCUGAGCCUCAGCAGCAUCUGGCUGAGAGCGCGGCACAGGGAGGCACCCCGGCCAUGGCUGCAGGGACAGCGCCUCAGGCAUUGGGCUGCUGCCCCAAGCGCACCCUGCCGGACUGGGCUUACCCAGUGAUUCCUGUGACCAGCCUAUGAUUCCCCUAAAGACACCUUAGGACUGAGGCUGGUUCACAUUUUUAUCAUAGUUUGACAAUAGAUAGAUAGAUUAUAUAGAUUAUAAGAUAGAUAGAUAAUAGAUAAUAGAUAAAUAGAUAGAUAAUAGACAGGUAGAUAGAUAAAUAGAUAGGCAUCAAUAGAUUUUAAUUUUUUUUCAAUAAAAGCUUCAGUAUCACUGAAAUUCCUGAGUUGUGUGCAUACGAACAAAUGGAUUCAAAUAUGAAAUGCUGAUAUGAAGUCCAUUUGUAAAUUCCAGAGGGCAUUUUUAUUACCUCUAAGCAGGUGACAGCUACUGCAGGUAGAAGAGCUCUCAUUCCUCUGGUACUUAUAUCUGUCUAAGAUAUAAGAAUAAUAAAAUAGAAUGGUUUUCUGUAGUUUCUUAGAUCUGCAGACCCAGGGUUUCACUGAACAAUCUUCCCCUGCUUUUUCAACCAGAAGCCAUAUCCUUUUUCUUGGAAGUCAGCGAGUCACUUGCCACCAGCACUGGCAAUGAUGUGAGGGGGUACCAAAUAACAUCAGGCUAUGGCCACGUCUCCUCAACUACACCACUUCAUGGCUAAUGGAAAAAAACUAAGCCUUUCAUGGCAGGAAUCAGGACAGUUGUGCACAUUCAAAAAAGGUAUUCAAACACAAAAAGGGGAGAUAUAGUCCCCGUUUAAAUUUCAGAGGAUAUUUUUUAUUUCCUCUGAGCAGGCCAAAGCUCCUGCAGCUAGAAGAGCUCUCUUUCUUAUAGUCCUUCUAUCUGGUUGAGCUAUAGGAAUGAAGGCCUAGAAGGUUUUUCUGAAGUUUCUUGUCUCUGCCAC